AUGCAAAUUCAAAAUUACGAGUAUAUACCUACAUUCAAAAAAAGUUUGAUACAAGUGCCAGCAUCUUUAAUAAAAUCGAAUACUUUGAUGGAAUUCAUACCGGAUCCAAUUUGCUCCGAUCAAACAUCAUGCAGUGACUGCCUGAAACCAGGAGUAUUUCAUUCGAAAUGUUACUGGUGCCCAAGAGCCAGAAGAUGUACCGACAGUCAUGAUAUUAACAGGUUAUUAUGGUUGAGAGGAGAGUGUGGUGUAGCGAACAUCACCAACUGUUUUGCUCCGAUCAAUACUCACACUAAUCCAACUCGAAAUGUCAAUCGUCCACGUGAAUCUGCAGAUUCAUUGAUGGAUAGUAUGAAUAUUAUACAGAAACCAUUAAAAAACAACAUUGAGUUGUCAAAUCACAUAGCCAGAAUUUAUAUGGAUAGACCAAUGGAAAUUGUGAAACCAUUGGAAAUGCAACUACUGACGAAUACCUUUUGA